GCCAGUACUCGCUGUCUGGCGGCUCGAGAGGCAGCACCGAGUGAGAGAGAGAGAGAGAGUUCCCGAGCGGAGUCCCGCCAAACCGCCACCACGUUGAAUUUCACGGAGUUCUCGGCCCCGUAUUCCAGCAUGGCCGGCGCCGCCGACGGCCUCGAGCAGGAGGGGGCCAACAAGUCGGCCUUCAUGGAAAUACAGGGUCAGGGGCUGGCCGCCAUGCCGCCGCACCACGCGCAGCCCUACCCGAUCCGCUCCACGUACUCGCAACCGCCGCAGCCCCACGAGUCCGCGGUCUUCGCCUCCGCCCACAACCCGAGGCCCCUGGGCGCUAACCCCUUUCCCAUGAACUACAGCCCCCUCAACUCCAGUCUCCACAACACCUACUCGCACCCGAGCCACCCUUACCUCGGAACCUACCCAGCCAAUGUGCCCGGAUGCCCGCCUUGCCCGUCACCCCCCAGAGACGCUUCUUCGCUAGUAGCCCUCCAGAGCCGCAUGAUGAGCAGUGCGCCGUACAAGUACAACUCCCGGUCAAUAAAAGAUGAACCGCAGUGGGAUCUUGGUUACUAUGACAUGGGUGUAGAUAAAUCUCAGCUUGAAGAAAGUCUCCGUGUCAAUGGUAAAGGGAAGAAAAUGCGAAAACCACGCACAAUCUAUUCCAGUUUGCAAUUGCAACAGUUGAACAGACGGUUUCAAAGGGUUCAAUACCUGGCCCUUCCCGAGCGAGCGGAGCUAGCAGCGAGCCUAGGACUUACCCAGACGCAGGUGAAAAUCUGGUUCCAGAACCGGCGGAGUAAAUACAAGAAGAUGCUGAAAGCCCAGAACGCAGUCCAACAGCAACAAAAUAGUCAGCAACCGACGACUCCGGGUGCCGUUCAGCCGCCGCCGACGCCGCAAACGCCGCCGGAGGCCCACGACCCGCCGUCCGUCGGUCUCCUACCGCCGGCGGGGUCGGCGCAGGGCAUGCCGAGCCAAGCCGUCAGCCCUCCGGCCAUGAGCCCGCCCAUCUCGUCGUGGGACAUGGCCUCGUCCAAAGCGGCCACUAUGAACGUCACGAACAGCUACACUCCACAGUACUCUUGGUACCACCAGAGCGACCCCUCCAUGAACCAGCAGAUUCUCACCUAAUCUAUACCAGGGGAGCCGGCUCAGCCGACAUCUUGGUUCCAAGCGUGAUAACAUUUGAGGCAGUCAGAAGCAAAGGGAUGUAAGUGGCAAAAUUAAAAAUUUGGAGAUAACCAGUACGCAUGGUAGGUGAACCUCUCCCCUGUCUGGGGGCAAGAGAUGGUUCUAGUAGGUGCUGCUGUAUAGCAUGAUUUAGAAAAAAAAAAUCAAUGAAAGCCUACCUAGGACGUUAUCUUUGCAGUCGUUUUAUUCAAAACUUGAAAAUGUCCACUUACAUCCCUUUGCUUCUCACUCCCUCAUUUGAUGAAAACUGCUAUCUUAGCUUCCGAUGGGUUGCUUGAUUGAUUUCAGUUUCGAAAAGAUUUCAUUUAAAACAAGUGAGGUAUGACAGUGGGGCUUCUUUCCCGAGAAGCUCUUAUUUAAUUUAAGAUAUCAGUUACCUUGCUAGAUUUGCUCAAUGUGGCGUUUGACUCAUCGGUUAUUUUUGCGACAUAGCUGCCAGCGACGUUGAAAUCGAAGCUGGAUCCAAAGAUCUCUCGGAACCAAAAUGUCGGGUAGGUCGGCCUGUCCUCUGAAGGGGCUAUAGAAAAUUCAACGACGGGACAAUGGCCCGUCUCGCUCUCAUCACAUUUGGGCUGCAUUGGCCAGUAAUUUGUCGUUCUCGAGCCAAAUACGUGACAGAUUCUUUUUUUGCAAUUGUGUCGUCUUCUGGAUGUCCUACCGGUGACGUUACCCAACGCAGACCCGUGGAAUUCAUUCUGGUGCAGACGCUGACAGUGCAAAGUGUUUUUCUCGAUCAGUGGUCACAAGUAUUUAUCGUCGACUUUCGUAUACUAUGACAUGUUUUGAAUAAAAUUUUCAUGUUUCAAUUUCCUGGCUACAUCCAUGAGCAAGACAUUUGAGCAUGUCCUGAUCGCACACUUCGUGUCUAUUUUUUAUAUGUAGGUCAAAAGCUCUCUCAAAAAGUGACGCAUUUUUUAACAUUUAUGAAUUGAAAAUGAUUGUUUCUCCUCAAGCAGAAGCAAAAAGUGAAAAUUCCGACCUGUUCUUGUAUUUAAGACGAAAUUUUAGCAAUUUUAUCAUUUGUCCCAUGAAAGACCAAGUGGUUUUUAUGACGCAUUUCCCGACUUCUGAAGCGACUGUAAAUAGAAAUUCAAUGUGUACAUAUCGACUGUAAAAUGACUUCGAAUAUCAGUAAUA